AACUUUCGAACGCGACUAGGAGCUACCACUUCCUCAUAUUGAGUUAUACAUAUUUAUUAUCUGUCCUACAGCGCCAAUGCAUGAAAGAAACUUACAUGUGGCACCAUGGGGUUACAUUCAAAACAACUGAUAUACAUGCUCUCACCCCCGCAUGGGAAGAUCACUCCUCAAGACCAUGGAGGCUACAUUGUGAUCAUGACUUGGAUUAUGAUGUCCCUCAUGAGCUUAACAGUUCUGGCUAGAUUACUGACGCGCAUUAUCCCUGUUACAAUAUAUGGAUGGGACGAUGUAGCAAUUGGUCUUGGGAUGGUUGUUGCCAUAAUUCAGUCCGUCGUUGUCCAUUGGGCAGUGAACAAUGGCAUGGGACGCCAUUAUAGUGCGUUAAACUCUCAUGAAUUCACACUGUACAGCAAGUACAAUUACGCCGCUCAAAUAUUAUUUACCAUAGCGCUCUGCUUCGCAAAACUUUCCGUUUUGCUUUUUAUCUCGAGACUCACCCCUUCAAUAGAAAUGAAGCGGGUAUCUCGUGUCGCAGCGGGAAUUGUGACAGCAUGGGGCAUGUCGUUCGCUACUGCACUCGCAUUGCAGUGUAAAGGACCCGCACAUUGGGAUUUCUCGCAGGAGGAGAACUGCGUGGAUAGAUCCAGUCUCUACUGUCUUUUCGGGACACUCGAUAUUAUCACAGAGGUCGCUAUCAUGAGUCUACCAGCGUUCAUUGUCUGGAACGUACAAAUUACGAGACGGCAGCGAUGGACGGUUAUAGGUGUAUUCUGUUCUCGUUUGUUUGUCUGCGUUUCUACGGCCUUUACGUUGAGUACUCUACGCCCUUAUCGUGAGGCUGGAGAUCAGACUUGGAAUGAGGUAACUCCUCAGAUAUGGAUACAAACUACACAGGCAUUAUCUCUAACGACAGCUUGCAUCCCUUGUCUUCGUCCUUUUCUCGCCUCGCUUGAGUCCGGCUUCAUUGACUCCACGAUGCGCUCCCACAUCAAUAAGACCUAUGGAAGCAGCUCUGGAAGCGCUGCUAAAGGUUCAGCUUCUGGUGGCAGCCGUAGUGAUGGCAGCAACCCCACAUCUGAAGAAGGAAUCGAGCUCAAAGCCAUUGGGCGAAGAACGGAGACGUCUAGAGUGGCAAUCCUAACGCCGGAUAACAAUCUCUUUACGUCUCGUAUGGCGUCGACGAGUAUUCAAACAGACGCAAGGAAAGCUAAGGCCGCAUUAUCUGGCCUUCAGAAACGAACAGAAUCAAAUUUCGACGACGGUCUCCCGUUCAGAGUUGGCGACAGAACAAUUAGGAAGAUUUCCAAUCAUCGGUACCAAAUUCCACCUCGACCACUUGGUAGUUCUGGUGGUGAAUCCACACGCCCCCUGAACGACUCUACGGAGAUGGUGCUUUUUACGGACGAUGAAUCGAGUACAGAAGCAGAUCAUCGAGGAAGGCAACCUUUUGAGUCUAAUAGGGGAAACAAUAUUAGGAGAGCCAGAGACAGUCUCGACUCAUACAGAGGGGGGAAACUAUCUUAUACUUGAGCAGAAAUAAGAUUCAUACAGCGUUCUUUGUUUAUCUCGUUUGAUGAUUCCCCAUGUGCUACGUCUCAAAUUCCCAUCUCGAGCGUCUGAAACUACUUUUUACUGUACAUAGCGCAUUACUGCUACAUACUGGUGCGGUCCAGCAUACGAAGGCGUGUUCAUGCAUGGUAUCCUAAGACUUUUAAUUCAAAGCGUAUAUAGAUGGACAUCCCGAAU